AGAUGAAGGGUGUGUUGGCUGUGCUGAGUGUGGUGGUGGGGGUGUCUCAGUGUCAGCUCCCUUACGGUAGCUACGGAGGAGGCGGCGGCUUCCCACAGAGGCACAAUAACUUCCCUGGAAGACCCGGUAUUUUCCCCGGGAGACCUGGUGGCGGCGGCGUCGGCGGCGGCGGACCGAUAAAGUUCCCCAGCUCUGUUGCCGGGUCUGUACAUGGGAAGCCGGGAGGGGUUGGUGGAUUUGGCAAUGCAGGAGGGAUCGGUGGUGCUGGAAUAAUUGGUGGAUUUGGAGGUGCUGUUGGCGGAGGCCAGGUCCUGGAACGGCCUCUCUCAACUCAGUUCUGUCCUGCAUACAUCAGUCCCCUGGUUCACGUAUCUGUGAGUGGAAGCAACUAUCAUUUCUCCUGGUGCGCUGACGGGGGGCAGAAGUACGUGUGGGAGCAGGCCAAAAAUUACUGUAAGAAACUGGGUCCUGGGUGGAGUAGUGUGAGCAUAGAGACCCCGACUGAGAACCAGUUCAUCUCUUCCAUCAUUGACAAGCACGGUCUACCAUACAUCUGGACGAGCGGGAACCGUCUGGGCGGCGGUCCCAAAGGCUGGAAGUGGGCCACAGGUCAGCCCCUCACCUACAACAACUGGGCUCUCACCGGAUUCACUCCCGGCAAGCCUCAGCCGGACAACCAGGAAGACAACAAUGAACAAUGCCUCUCAGUGCUCAACCGGUUCUACCCCAACGACGGCAUCACCUGGCACGACGUGGGUUGCCACCAUGUCAAGCCUACCAUCUGCGAGUAUACCAAUGUCCAAAGCUAUGUUGGAUAGACCUGUCGAGCGGUAUAACUUAUUUGAUUGACAAAUUCCCUAUAAUUUAGCGAUCUGUCCAUUAAGAAUUAAAAUUUUCCGACUAGUGUUUAUUCACUUAAAUGCAGAUCACUGACACUAGCAGUUAAGGUGUAAUGUUUUACCAUGGAAGUAUUUAUGUUGUAGCAAUUAUGAUCAAAUUUUACUUCCAAUACACUUCCACACUAAUUACCACGUGAGUGCCUCAAGUUACAAAGAAAAUUAACGUUCAAGUUAGCUUAAAAUUGUAUGUAACCCUUCAAAACAGAAAACGGACAUUCCUUCAAAUGCCGUUCUCUCUCAUUGAUGCUGUAUACAUAUAGAAAACGUUAUGAUGGGAUAUGAUACUGUUCGAUGCUAGAAAAAGAUAAGCAGCCAGUUUUUUCAGAAAUAUAUAGCUAGUAGGGAUAGAUUGUACAGAAUAUGCAUUGUUGUAAAAACAAAAAAAAGUCAAUGUUUUUGUACUAUUUUAAAUAUAUAUGGCAGCCUAGCUACAAUCGUUAUCCAUCGUGUCCUACAGGUAAACAGGCCAUCCUUGCCCUAACAUACUCAAUAUUAGUCCUAAUUUAGUACACAGCUGUGCAAAAUUUGUUUUUGUUUGUUGCCUUCUAGCUCAGGCCUCUAUAAAUGGAAUGGUGCAAAACACGGGUUAUUUUUUGUAAAUACAGCAGUCCAUAUUUUGAACAUUUCACUCAUAAGUUUAAAACUGUUGUGGGCCUAUUUUUCAACCACUAGUACUAUAAAAAAAAACUAUUAUAUACUUUAAGCUGUGCAACUAGCUUAUUAAAGAUUUUUACUUACUCAGCUAAGUAAAUUUUUGGGGUUCAGUUCCUGUACGCAAUAUGUGCCUCAGUAACCUUUCCUACUCCUGCCCACGAGAUGAGUAUGGGGCCCACGACUCCCACGAGAUGAGUAUGGGGCCCACGACUCCCACGAGAAGGGUAUGGGGCCCACGACUCCCACGAGAAGGGUAUGGGGCCCACCACUCCCACAGGAUGGUUAUAGGGACAACGAACGCCGAUAUAAGUCUGAAUAUUAUUAAGACAUUUCGAAAAGCUUUCAGGAUUGUGAUACAGGAUCGAAAAGUGGCAUUAUCUCUCUCUCUGUCUCUGUUUAUUUAACUCCUAACUACUUAGUGUGAAAGUUAAUUGUAAUAAAAUUUAUUCUUCA